CAUCAAAUAAAAACCCGGCGCACUCAUCUAUUUUUCUUUAUUUUUAAUUUUGAUUUAGUCAUACAUUAGAAAUUCUUCUUCUUCUAAAUAGCUCUAGAAAAUCCUGAAAAGAUCUAUAUUACAAUUAUGCCCCUCUCAACAAACAAUCCCAAUCCAAUCAUCCACACCAGUCCACCUUCACCCUCUCUAUCCCCAUCCGCAACACACUCUUUCCACUUUCUUCAUCUAUGAAACCAACACACCAUUCUCACACCUCCACUUCCAUCCCCAUCACCUACAAAAAUGACCAUUCUACCCCUCCCUCAAACCCUAACCCCAUCCCAAUCCCCACCGUCGAUUCCGCCGCCGCCAAAAUCCAAUCCACCUACCGGGCCCACCUAACCCAAACCCUCUUCAAAAAACUCUCCGCCGUCCACUCCUCCGCCGCCGCCUUCCAAACCCUAAUCCAGCGCCAAGAAACCGUCGACGCCGUCCGCUCCGACGACCGGAGACGCCUCGAAAUCAACGAGGCUCUCAUGGGGUUGCUGCUGACUCUCGACUCCGUGCCGGGGUGGGACCCGAACAUCCGGGAGCUGAGGAGAAAUCUGAGCCGUCGGAUCGUAGGGCUACAGGAGAUUCUCGAUGCCGUGUCGGGUUGUCGAGUCGAGAACUGGGACGAGUGGCUCAAGUGGGACGAGGGUGUGGAGUGGAUGGAGAGAGAGGUGUGUGAAGAACGAGGAGGUGGGGCCGAGAUGGAGAGAUUUUGUGCGGAGAAAUUAGGGUUUCGCUGCUUACAGCGGUUUCUUCGGGAUCAGUGAAACUUGGAUUCUAUGGGUGUGUCAGUGACACCUGUCUCUAUGGGGACACGGACCCGGCCUCAGACAACGGAGUGUUCAUCGCAACCAUGACGGGACCUUAGCCCGAAGUAGCAAAAUAGACGGAAACCAGAACCAAGGCACUUCCCCGUCAUGGCAGGGGGAACACAUGUUGAUAAGGCCCUCCCUGAACAACGGGCGUCCUACCCCGCUCACCACAAGUCAUCCGCCAACAC